AUGGCUUCUGUGCAUAUGCACCGCGUGCGCCAGUUAAACCAAUUUUCACUUUUGGAGAUUCACCGUGUCCUUGGCGGGUGCUUCUGCGAGAGGGUCGUACGACGGCAGCAGCCGGGCAAGGGCGGAGGGAAAGGAGCUUCUAAACAAGAGGGCGCCCGCAAAGGUCGAGGUCGAGGAGUCGUAGCAGAGCGCAAGGACCACGGGCUUGUUGGCAUCCGUCGUCCAGCGAGCGAGGAAUCGGAUCGUCCACGACAGCUUUCCCUUCCCCGCGCUUCUAACGGUGAUGCUCCACAGGUCGACGGCGGGGAAGAGGUGGGAUGGCAGCUCCGCGGCGGAGACAUCGGGCGCCGCGGUGCUGCCCCCGAGGCUGGAGAGUCGCGUCCAGAGAUCCCCCGUCGACCCGGAGUUCUCGCUGAGGCUGCACUCGAGCCCCACCGGCGUGAAGCGCAGCCAGAAGACGAAGUUGGUCGUGGUCAGCCGCACGGUGAGCACAAAGGAGCUCGUCGUGGUAAACGUCGUGUUGCUCGUGCUGGCCGGCGUGGCGAUACCGAGGAUCUGGUUCCAUCGCUUUUCGGCUUCGGAGAGGCUGCGGAUGGGGAUGCCGCCGGUGGAGCGCUGGAAACAAAAGGUCGGCCCAGUGGCCAGCGUGCUGAGGUUGAAGCCAAACUCGCUCUUCAGCUCGCCCGCGAUCUUUUGCCGGAUUUCGGAUGUGUCGGUGCUCAGCUUGAACGUGAGCGCGGUGACGAUGCGAAACGUGGCGCCGGGUACACACCACAGCGCGUUGCGCUUCUCGGCCGUGUCAAGGACGACAGUAGUACCCGCGGUAGCUCCAGCGACAACCUUAGUCAGCAGGCCGGCCGGGACGAUUCCGAAGCGCUGCAGCGCCUGCGCGAGCGUGACCUGGGGCUUGUCGGCGCCAAAGACAGCUGGGGUGGCCCCAAUGUCAGCGUCGAGCCCCAUCAGCACCACCCCGCUCCCCGUGGGGUCCACAUUCGCAUCCGCUGUGUUGAAUCGGGCGCUGUUUCUCUUGCUGCUGAAGCCCAGGCCCCAGAAUCGCGUGCUCGUGGCCGAGACGACGUCAGAGCUCACGGCUGCCGUCGUUUGGACCUGCGCAUGCUGGAGAAAGUCCACCCAUCAGCACGCAGCGAGCAGCGGAACGGCCCGGCGCCGGGCGGGGAUGUCGGAAGGGCGGCUCGCUUCCGGAGGCAGAAGCUCAUCCUCAUCCCCGUCCUCGUGACCAUCGUCAGAAGUAUUCGCACUGUCGACGUCGCUCAUAAUGUGUGCGCUGGUGAUAUACUCGUUUUGUCGGGGAGGGGGAAAGAUGGCGUACUUGCUGCUCUUCUGCUCGAGAGAAAAGUUGAGCACGAUCGACUGCCUAGUGAAUGGCGUGACGACACGCCUGUCCGCAGCGUGCGGCGUGCGGCGUGCGGUGCGCGGGGUACAGUACCUUUAAAGGGUGGCAUCAAACUCCUCAGCACCGGUAUGGCCAAACAAGACAGCGAAAAGAACCCUCCUUGCCUCCAUCAGACUUCACCCUUCCUCGAUUCGAACCAAACGACGGCGGGAAAAUGCUCUAUCUGCCGUGCCUCCGGUGUUCGAAAGUACGCGAUGGAGCUGCGCUGGUUUGGACGUACGUUCAACCAGAAAGUGGAAGAAGAACAGAAGGGAAAAGAAAAACAGGAGGUAAAAAAUGUAGCUUUAUUCAAAGAAGUGUUCAAGGACAACCUUCCGGGAAAUGAUCCUGCUCAGCUCAAAAUGGGGUCGAAUUAUCUUGAACGCAUUGUUGGAAAUGAUAAGAGCCUACAGGAAAAGCUUAAACAGCUCAGUCUAACGCCAGACUUUGCCAGCUGCGUUAAAGAUUUCAAACCUUACGCCAGACAGAUUGAUGAGAAAGGGCGAUGGAGAAUCGCUUUUGCUAUUGAGAAAGAUCAGAAUGGAGAGACCUAUCACGCUUUGAUUGCCGCGUUCGUGACCAACACCUGGAUCGAAAGCGAAGAUGGGAAGGGCAAAAGAGAUCCAAACAACAAAGAAAAUCUCCCUUACAUCGUGGCCCCCUACUACAAGCCAGCAAAAUCUUCGCAGGUGCUAUUACUCGGGACCUACUUACGGGAUAUGCAAUUUAGAUACGAAGUUGGUAAAUGUCUCGAAUACUACACGACAAAGGAUGUCAAGUUAGACAAGCAAACCACGAAACCACCCGCAACCCUCGCUAUCGCCGACUUCUUCCAUGCCCAUCCAGAACACGACAAGCAACAGGCGAUCCAUUCGGCGAUUGUCAAUGUUCUAAACGACAAGGGCUUAGAAAAGGUGCUGGUGGACAACAAGAACGAAGACAUUAUCAAGCCACACCAAAUUUCCCCCAGCUCCCUUGCAUUGUACUAUAUCCGCCGAGUUCUCGCCGUGAGCGGAACGGACCUUCCUAGAAAGGAAGAUGUGGGUCGUUUUAUCGUCAUCAUAGUAAGACGAAAAUCACCCGGCACAGCUGGUGAUCACCGGUUUAUGGAUGUUGAUAACCUUGAGGCGACGAUCGAUGCCCUCGUCCAGGUUAAUAAAGUGGCGGCGCAGCUAAAUGCGAAGCAGAUCACUCACGUGUUGCUCUACGACGCCCUCGGCGUCGAUGAGGCUGCUACACUUCAGACAAAAGUAAGCUUUAAGAUCCUCUAUAUCGGCUCACCCUUCUUCGGGGGAGUUGCCCAUGACCAUAUCAAGGAACUCUGGGACCACUUCAAGCGCCCGAAUGAAUACACGCCCACAGAGGUGAAAGCCCUCGGCAUCUUCAUCGCACUACGAGAGCUCUACGGCAACUCAGUUGCGUGCAUCGGGUUUCGCAGCGGCAGUCUCGACGGGUCUGGCUUUCUCGGGAUCCCGAUCUUCUCCCUUGAUAACAAGAUCACCAAUGACUAUUGGUAUGAGCUUUAUAAAGCGAGAGAUCUCACCAAAGAGGAAGAAAUCCUCCCCAAAGGAGCCGACUACAAGGAGCUUUCCGAGGACAAGAAAAAGGAGCUUAACAAUUUGAGGGAGCAGGCAAAAGAGGAUAAAUAUAAGGAUGCAAACGCUAUAUGGGUCAGAGAGAUCGGGGAUGGGAACUACCUCUGGGACCUCGAGAAAUAUGGUCGGGGGAAUCCCCGGAAAUACGAACGCAUCGAGGGACUUGCUGUGCGCGUCAACACGUUCAUCACUAUCAACCUCCCUCUAUAUUUUGGGGCUGAUCCCGGGCUCACUUUAAGGUUAGUGGAGGAUGCAAAACGCCAUUUGAUUGCUGCGAUAGUAGUCUAUCUAUGUCAUGAGGACGCUCAGCAGCCGUUAUGGACAAGGAGAAUAGAGUGGAUGAAGAGCGAGAAGAAGGCAUUUUUGCAUGUGUGUUUUGAUAAAGCGUUCGAGUUUAUCAAAUCGAAAUAG